CUAACAAUGAAGAUAAUUCAAGGUUGACGCAUUAAAUAUGAUGAUAAAAAAAACAUUACAUUCCAAGAGUAAUUGCACUAGCAUCCAACAACAGUUACUAUAGUUAGUCUUGACGUAACCGCUAAGCAGCGCAGUUAUCGUUCAUUAUAUCUCGCUUAAAGUGCAGUAGCGUAAUAUACUUGCAAAAAAUUUUAAAAAAGUGAAAUGUUUGAGCCAACUAGCAAAGAAGAAAUAAAAAAAUGGGUGGAAGAUAAUAUCAUAGACAAAGUUGUCCUAAAGCUAAAUAAACAAUCAUCUAAUGUGUCUUUAAAAAUUUCAUUUCCGGAAAAAAAUUUUUUGCUGUCAAGCAUAAUAUUUGCUGAACUUAAGUUCAAUAGUAGUUUGAAUCCAUUCGAAAAUGUAGAGGACACUGUGCAUUUAGUGAUCAAAAGACCAUCAAUUUUGGAACUGUCCAAUACUGUUUUACAUUUGGAUGCUUUAUUUCACAAUGAAAUUUUGUUUUAUGAAAAAUUUUUGAAAAAUGAAUUCAUUAGUAAAAAUGAGUUUCCACGUUGCUUUUACACAGCUGAAGAUAAAAGUGAUUUUGCACGUACAGUCAUUGUUAUGGAACACAUCGAAUACAUGGGUUACGAAGUGUAUUCAAAAAGCAGUGACGUACCCUUCGAAUAUAUUAUAUCAGCAAUGCAAGCAAUCGGUCGUUUUCAUGCAAUGGGUUAUGUAAUGAAAAUUAAUAAGCCAGCGAAUUUUAUGGAAAUAGUUAAUGAUCUUAAGGAGUACCGGUUUUUUCCUGAAGAAAUGUUCGGUAAUUUCAUAAAUUUGGUUUCAGUAAGACCUGUUGAGUGGUUGAAAAAAAAAAAUUAUGAUCCAAUUUUUGUUGAUAAAAUGGAAAAAUUUCUUACCAAUGCAUUCGACAAUGUAAUGUUUGAUGCUGUUAAACCAGUAGAACCACUGGCAGUACUUUGUCACGGUGAUUUUACAAAAAACAAUAUAUUUUUUCGCGAAACAAAUCGCGGUUUAGAAAGUAUGUUAAUUGACUUCGCAAUGUUACGUUAUUCAUCACCGAGUAUCGAUAUUUCAACUUUUUUGUACUUGCAUUGUUCAAGGGAAGACAGGAACAAAAGAUUUACGGAAAUAUUUAAAGCAUACCAUGAUGCGCUAAUUAAUUAUAUGCAAAAACAUGGAAUUAAAAAUUUGGAAAACUAUUCGUAUACAAAUUUUUUAAAUGAUUAUAAACGUCGUGCAAUGUUUGGUUACAUUAUUGCAAUAUUUUUCUUACCGGUAAUACGUGGAUUGUCAUCUUUGUCAGCGGAAGAAGCUAAAAAUUUUAAUCCCGAAGAAAUGUCGCAAAUGAUGAAAGAAGUGGGCGGGGAUGAUUUUUCUGAAGAAUUGGCAAAUAUUUUGUUAGAUAUACGAGAAAGUGGUUAUUUAGACCACGUACUGAAAGUUUAGGAUGAAAAAUGCUGUCAUUUGAUAAACUUUAUUUGUUUUUUGGAAAAUGAUCGAUUGAUGCAUGUUUUUUUUGUGAAUUUUUGCGUCACGUCGAUUAUUGGUGACAGACGCAGCUAACGGAGCAUAAAAGGAGGAUGGUUGCCAUUUACGUGACUACGUUAAGUUACAUAACGAUUUAUAAAGAUAUAUAUAUAUAUAUAUAUAUACAUAUAUCUAUAUAUACUUGAUAUAAGUGAACGGAAGUAGUUGCGGAAAUUUGAAAACGUCAUGUAAUGAGAUAGUGUUAAAUGAAUGUCAUGAUGAUCAUAAUGUAAUAAUAGUGAUACCACAUUUAUAUUUUUUUUUUUAGGAGAUAUUAAUAAAUAAUAUUUUUUAUUUUGUAUUCAAACGAACAAUAAAUCUACGCUAAUUACUUUUCAAUUAUCAUUUAUCAUUUUAAUUGCAUACAGGAGUGGAGUAAGCAAAAUGGGUUACCCGAAAAUUUUGAAAAAUUUUUUAUUUUUUGGAAAUAAAUUAAAAAAUGUUUUUUGUACAUGAAUAAA